AUGGACAGUAGCUGCCACAACGCGACUGCCAAAAUGUUAGCGACCGCUCCGGCGCGGGGCAACGUGAUGAGCACCUCCAAGCCCUUGGCUUUCUCCAUCGAGCGAAUCAUGGCGCGCACCCCGGAGCCCAAGGCCCUGCCAGUCCCCCAUUUCCUGCAGGGAGCCGUGCCCAAGGGGGACUCCAAGCACUCUCUGCAUCUUAACUCGUCGAUCCCUUGCAUGAUCCCCUUCGUGCCCGUGGCGUACGACACGAGCCCCAAGGCUGGAAUGACGGGCUCGGAGGCGCGGAAGGCGGGCCUGGAGGCGCCCGCGGCGCCCGCGGCGCCCGCGUUCAGCUGCAGCGACCUGCUCAACUGCGCGCUGAGCCUCAAGGGCGACCUGGCGCGCGACGCGCUGCCGCUGCAGCAAUACAAGCUGGUGAGGCCGCGCGUGGUCAACCACUCCUCCUUCCACGCCAUGGGAGCCCUGUGCUACCUGAACCGAGGCGACGGCCCGUGCCCCCCGGCGGCGGGCGUUAACAUCCACCCGGUGGCCUCCUACUUCCUCAGCUCCCCUUUGCACCCGCAGCCGAAGACGUAUUUAGCCGAAAGGAAUAAACUGGUGGUCCCGGCGGUGGAGAAGUACCCCUCGGGAGUGGCUUUCAAAGACUUGUCCCAGGCCCAGCUGCAGCAUUACAUGAAAGAAAGCGCCCAGCUUCUGUCGGAAAAAAUCGCGUUCAAAACCUCUGACUUCAGCCGAGGCUCUCCUAAUACCAAACCCAAAGUUUUCACUUGCGAAGUGUGUGGAAAGGUCUUUAACGCGCACUAUAACUUAACCCGUCACAUGCCGGUGCACACGGGAGCCAGACCCUUCGUUUGCAAAGUGUGCGGCAAGGGCUUCCGGCAGGCGAGCACUCUGUGCCGGCACAAGAUCAUCCACACGCAGGAAAAACCUCACAAAUGUAACCAGUGUGGCAAAGCGUUUAACAGAAGUUCCACUUUAAACACACAUACCCGAAUACACGCAGGCUACAAACCGUUUAUAUGUGAAUUCUGUGGCAAAGGAUUUCAUCAAAAAGGGAAUUACAAAAACCACAAGCUGACCCACAGUGGGGAGAAACAGUUCAAGUGCAAUAUCUGCAACAAGGCUUUCCACCAGGUCUACAACCUCACCUUCCACAUGCACACCCACAACGACAAGAAGCCCUUCACCUGCCCCACGUGCGGCAAGGGCUUCUGCAGGAACUUUGACCUCAAGAAGCACGUCCGCAAGCUGCACGACAGCACCCUGGGGCUGCUUCAGGGCUCUGUUCCUAUUAUUCAGCAAGAGAUCGUGGACUCUGACCUGCUCAACUUUCCCCCUUUUCAAAAAGUUCCGCUCUGUAUUAGUAUCACCUGUGUUCUAUCCAAAAACUUCACCAAGAGCAAAUAA